CAUUUAACACGACGUAUGUCGGGUUUUUCCCUGGUGAAGGGGCGUAACUCCAAUUGUCUUACCAGAACACUUCCAGAUGGCGGCAGCUGCUGCUUCGAUACGUUUCUGUUAAGAUUUGAGGAACGAAAAGAAAAAAUAUUCUGGAAAUUAAAACCUCAAGAAGGGAAAAAGAUGUUCCGCUUUUUCUUCGAUUCGUUUUUCGGUGACGAGAAUCGGAGGCAAGAUGAUCCAUUUUCCAACUCAAAUGAUGGCUUUCAAAGGAAUGGCUUGGACUCUUUAUUUCACCACUUUGAUUCACAAAUCCAAAAUCAGAUGGAAGAUAUGCAACAACACAUGAAUGACAUGAUGAGAAAUUUAGGUUCCAUAGAAUACACACAAAUACCAUCCCUUGAUUCAGAAGAUGCAAACUCUUCAAGAUCUCUCCGUGAUGCAAUGUUAAAAGAUUCCAGUGAGCCAGCUGCCGCUGCACCAGAUCUCUCACCAAGAUCCCUGCCUCAGAUAAGAACACCAUUCAACACUCCAAACCAUAAUGAAAGCUCUGAAACAAAAAUGGACACAGACGUCGAUGAUAAAGCAGUUGUAAAAGAGCUAGAGGAUUUGGAUGUACCUCAGUCUUCGAACAAUACCAGUUCAUUUUCUUUUAGCCGUUCCAACAAAGUAACAGUGCGUACUGUCCAGAAACCUGGAGGGAAGUUUGAACAUUGGCGAACUGUGGAAGAUUCAUCUGGACGUAAAGAAGAAGUCUAUACUAAAGUAGCAGAUGGCCAAAAACACACGAUAACCCGUAAAGUCGAUUCAGUGGGUAACGAAGAAGAAACUGAAGAAAUACAGACCUUGGGGAAUUCUUAUGAAGAUCAGAUUGAUAGAACACCAAGGAGUCCCUUGAGUGAGAACCCUGAUCAGGCAAAUGAACAGCUUUACAGUCCCUACCAGCAAGGAAUGUCGUCAGUCAGAUAUUACUUCACAAAUUUAUUUGGUUUUAAACGUGAUUAAAUUGUUGCUUCUUCUAAUUUCUUUCAUUCAGUUGUGAUUUUUAUGUAGAUUCAGCUUUUGUAAUAAAUUCUGUUACAGCAUU